UAAACAAAUUUUGUAUUUAUUCCCUCAAAACACACACACACACAUAGAGAGAGAGAAAAACAGAAAGAGAGGAUAGUAAAUUAUUAUUAUUAAUUAUAGUUACAAAAUUUGUAUGUAUUCACUCUAAACUUGAGGGAAAAAAAAGAAUCUUUUUUUUUUUUUUUCAGAUUUUCUUGUUCUUCAGCAAAAUAGGGACUUUAUUUGUUAUGGGAAUUUUGAGAAAACCCGAUUGGUGAUUCGACGAAAAUAGUUUGCGGUGAAAACUGGUCAUGAGUAUGCUGGUGGGGACAUGCUCCAUACAAAGGAAACCGAUUUACCUGGUCUAUUUUUAGUGUUUGUUGUGUUGCCGAUUAUCGCCUACAUUUUGUUGGGAAAAUGGAGUGAGGUGGCGAAAAAGAAAGAUAAAAUUAGGGUUCUUGCUCAGAUUGCUGCACAAGAAUCGUUUAGGGCUGAGGCCAUGCUUGCUGCUGUUGUUGAUGUACCUGUUGUAUCGGUAUCGAAGGUCGUCAAUGGUUUUCAUGAGUGUGCUAAUUGCUUUAGUCCCGCCACUACGCGUUGCUCACGCUGCAAAACUGUGCGAUAUUGUUCUGGCAAGUGUCAAAUACUUCAUUGGAGGCAAGUUCAUAAACACGAGUGCCAACGAUUAGAGGUCAACAGUAGUUGUUCGUCUCCUAAAUCCGCAUCAAAUGAAGAAUUAUUAUCUGUUCAUGAACAAGUAUCGAUACAUGAAAACUCGAAUUCUCACUGCUCUGAAUCCAAUAUUGGGCAUGAAAUAUCUGCUUCAGAUGAUCCACCCGAAUCAUCUUCCGGGCCCCUUUCCGAAUUAAAAUCUUCAGAUAAACGAAAUCGUUGCAAAACUAAUAGGGAAGUUUCAACCCGAGAAGAUACCGACGCAGUAGAUUCAUUCCUGGACACGUGUUCUACUUCGUAUGAUAAUACAACGUUUAAGGAAACUUAUAUCAGACAUAAGUCCAAGCGGAGUCAUUCGAAGGAAGUUAUUCCAGAAAGAAACAAUGCUGAUAUUGUUGGUUCGAAACACGAGGAUCUAAAGUCAAACGGUCAACAUGACUCAGUAUCACCGGCUCAAAACAGUGCAAAAGCGUUAGAUAUGGAAACUGAGAGAUGCCCACCAAAGAAGAGUUCACGAUCGUAUUCUUCUGGGAGCAAAUCACAGAAAUUAGGAAAGUCAACGGUGGAAUUCUCGAAAGAUCAAAUGUGUUCAAGAACGGAAAAUACAGGCCAAAUUGAUGAUGAGUUGGAUGCUUUGCAAACGAGUGAUGUGAAAGGCAGUGGCGGUAUUAGCAAGGGUUUUAUGAAGAUGAUUGGUCUAAAGAAGUCAACGAAGCAUGGCAGAGUGGAAACUUCGGAAGUCAACGGUGACAAGCAUAAGAAAAUAAAAAUGCUAUUUCCGUAUGACGAGUUUUUGAAGUACUUCGGGUAUGAAGCUUUUGACUUCUCUCCAAGGGGACUUGUGAAUUGCGGAAACAGCUGUUAUGCAAAUGCUGUGAUGCAGUGCUUGAUGUCUACAAAGCCGUUGACGAUCUUUUUGCUUCAUAGAUCACAUUCAAGAACCUGUUGUGCAAAAAGUUGGUGCCUAAUGUGUGAACUUGAACACUAUGUAACGAUGUUAAGUUGCGAGCCAUUGUCUCUUAGCAACAUUCUUUUGCAUAUGCGAAGCGUUAAUUGCCAAAUCGGUGACGGAAGUCAAGAAGACGCUCACGAAUUUUUAAGGCUUUUGAUCACGACUAUGCAAUCUAUAUGUUUGGAGCGUUUGGGUGGGGAAAAUGUAGUUGAUCCUAAAUUGCAAGAAACAACCUUUAUUCAACACACUUUUGGGGGUCAACUCCGGUCAAAGGUUGAAUGCUUGAAAUGUCACCAUGAAUCGGAUAAAUAUGAAAACUUUAUGGACCUUACCCUAGAGAUAUUUGGGCGGGUCGACACGCUAGAAGACGCAUUAGCCCAAUUCACAAGGCCGGAAGAUUUGGAUGGAGAAAACAUGUAUAGAUGUGGAAGGUGUGCUGCUUAUGUUCGGGCACGGAAGCAAUUGGCUAUACACGAGGCUCCGAAUAUAUUGACAAUUGUAUUGAAGAGAUUUCAGGAGGGGAGUUACGGGAAGUUAAAUAAGUGUAUUGAGUAUCCGGAAAUGUUGGACAUGAUCCCAUUUAUGACGGGAAAAGACGACAUUCCUCCGUUAUACUUGCUUUAUGGUGUCGUUGUGCACUUGGACACAAUGAAUGCAUCGUUUUCUGGUCACUAUAUAUCAUAUGUGAAAGAUUUUCAAGGCAAUUGGUCAAAAAUAGAUGAUUCUCAGGUUCUCAGAGUGCCUUUGAAUCAGGUGAUGUCAGAAGGUGCAUACAUAUUGUUUUACAUGAGAUCAUCCCCUCGGCCCCCAAGCCGGAAACACUCCAAACACCAAACUUCCAGCUUUACAAAGUCAAAACCGCCAAAGUCAACCUUUUACCACCAUCAAGAGUCAACUUGUUUUCAAGGAGCUUUGAACGGAAACCAUCUUCACACAAGACCGUCAAACGUUGACUUUUCAGAUGCGACAUCUAGUGACUGGUCAAUAUUCACAAGCUCAGAUGACGCAUCUUUCACCACCGAAAGCACACGCGACUCAUUUAGCACUGUCGAUUAUAGCGACAACAACACUGAUCCGAUUUCGUCAAUCUUCAACACCCUUUACACUCCUCAUGAUUACCUCAAUCAUGCGACGGUCUCGCGUAACAGGUUUUCAAGAAGUAGGGCCCACACGAGAUUCGUUGAGGAGAAAAGUUGCGUUUUGAAAUGUUAUGAAACGGGUAACCCGCCUUACAGAUUACGUAACACAGAAAAGGCUUAUUGUUGUUGUUCUUCAAGUGAAGCUUUUUCUUCUUGUAGUGGUAGUAGUAACAACCAUUGUGGUUUAUAUACAUAACAUAGAUGGUAUGUAAAAGUGGUUGAAAGAUUUUUGGAAUAGGGGUAGGAAUUGGUGCCUCAAAUUUUCCAAUUGUUAUGUAAAUGAGGCCCCCUUGAAUUUAUAGAGUUAUUUUCUUUUGGAUUAAAGUUGGUAUAUGGUGAGCACCAACAUAUCA